GCCCUGCAGCCGCCGGGCGCGCGCAGCCAGGCCGUGAGUGCGCAGCGCUCGGAGCGGGCUGCCGGGGACCCACCGCGGGGGGCGGGGGGCAGCCAGGCCUGGGGAGGGGGGAGGGAUGAGUGGCACCGUGGGGACAGGGUCCUUUCAUCAAGGAAGCCUUCCUGAGGAAGGCUGAAUGAAGAAGCGCCGCUCUGCUGCAAGGUGGCAUCUCAGAGGGACAGCCUUGUGCGUUGGCUUCCCCCUGGUGUCCCACUCCUCCCCACCACACACUUGUCGCUGUGUCUGAGGCUCUGCCACCUCCAGCAUUCUAAGGACACCACCCGGAAACUGCAUGAGCUGGCCAGUCCAUUCCAGGGCUUAGGAGAAAGUCAGCACGCUUCCCACCCCAAGACAGUCACGGUCACUACCAGAAGAAAAGGGGGACCUAUGACAUCCCUGGAGAGUUACCUGCUGCUCAUUUCCCAUUAGCCCUGCAGGCAGUGAAGGGCUGUCUGUGCAGUCGCUGUGUGCAGCGGACGCCUGCUGUCCACCUCUUAUGCACUCCAGCACGCCCAUCAGCUCCCUCUUCUCCUUCACCAGCCCGGCAGUGAAGAGACUGCUAGGCUGGAAGCAAGGAGAUGAAGAGGAAAAGUGGGCAGAGAAGGCAGUAGACUCUCUAGUGAAGAAGCUAAAGAAGAAGAAAGGAGCCAUGGACGAGCUGGAGAGGGCCCUCAGCUGUCCAGGGCAGCCCAGCAAAUGUGUUACGAUUCCCCGGUCCCUGGACGGGCGGCUGCAGGUAUCCCACCGCAAGGGUUUGCCUCAUGUUAUUUAUUGCCGAGUGUGGCGUUGGCCUGACCUCCAGUCUCACCAUGAGUUGAAGCCCCUGGAGUGCUGUGAGUUCCCCUUCGGCUCCAAGCAGAAAGAGGUGUGCAUUAACCCCUACCACUACCGCCGGGUGGAGACACCAGUGCUGCCGCCUGUACUGGUGCCAAGACACAGCGAAUAUAACCCCCAGCUCAGCCUUCUGGCCAAGUUCCGCAGUGCCUCCCUCCACAGUGAGCCACUCAUGCCGCACAAUGCCACCUACCCUGAUUCUUUCCAGCAGCCUCCGUGCUCUGCAUUCCCUCCCUCACCGGGGCCAGCGUUCCCGCAGUCCCCGUGCACAGCCAGCUACCCUCACUCCCCAGGAAGCCCUUCUGCGCCAGACAGUCCUUAUCAGCACUCAGUUGACACACCACCCCCGCCUUAUCAUGCCACAGAAGCCCCAGGGACCCAGAAUGGCCGACCUGUAGCAGCCACAGCUGAUAGUCAUUUAGUGCUAUCAAUGCCUAAUGGAGACUUCCGGCCGGUUUGCUACGAGGAGCCGCAGCACUGGUGCUCAGUCGCCUACUACGAACUGAAUAACCGAGUUGGGGAGACGUUCCAGGCUUCCUCCCGAAGUGUGCUUAUAGACGGAUUCACAGACCCUUCAAAUAACAGGAACAGAUUCUGUCUUGGACUUCUUUCUAACGUAAACAGAAACUCAACAAUAGAAAAUACCAGGAGACACAUAGGAAAGGGUGUGCAUUUAUAUUACGUCGGGGGAGAGGUUUAUGCCGAGUGUGUGAGUGACAGCAGCAUCUUUGUUCAGAGCCGGAACUGCAACUAUCAACAUGGCUUCCACCCAGCCACAGUCUGCAAGAUCCCCAGUGGCUGCAGCCUCAAGGUCUUCAACAACCAGCUCUUUGCUCAGCUACUUGCUCAGUCAGUUCACCAUGGAUUUGAAGUCGUCUAUGAGCUAACUAAGAUGUGCACUAUCCGGAUGAGUUUUGUUAAGGGUUGGGGAGCUGAGUAUCAUCGCCAGGAUGUCACAAGCACCCCCUGCUGGAUUGAGAUUCAUCUUCACGGCCCACUGCAGUGGUUGGACAAAGUUCUGACUCAGAUGGGCUCUCCACACAACCCGAUUUCUUCAGUGUCUUAAUAGUCAUGUCUCAAUCCACAUUUCCAUAGGAUAGACGCUGUUGCAGGCAGUGGCUUGUAUCAUUUCAGAUUUGCAACUCUGUCACGUGUCUAAGUACAUGUGUAAAUACAUCUAAUAUACACUAUUCAUCUAUUUUAUCACCAUUUGUUUUGUGCUUUCUAGUUAACCUGAUGUCAGUACAAUGCGAUUAGAAAAGCAGGUUUUUCGUGCCUAUGACGUAAGAAGCAGUAGCUUCUUUUGUUAUAAGAAACACGAAAGGCAACUGUGUCAACAGUGUUUGAGGGUGUCAGCAGAAUGAAAGGCAGCGUUAGUCAGCCAUGUCAUUAUAAGGCACAUUGUGUGGCCGACCAGAAAAACAUGAAAACUAUUUAUAUAGCAAAAAUCAGGCACUAGUAGCACUAGAGCAAAUAACACUUGCAGGUAAAACAAAGCAAUCAAAGCCAUAUAAUUUAAAUGAUCUCACUUUUAGUGCUAUUGGCAAGAAACAAAAUCAAGCUUACACAAUCAAUUAUAUAAGACAAGCCACAUAAGCUUUAUUUUCUUUCUGAAGUUGAAAUAACUCUAGCUGGACUAUUGUGCUGAUAUUAACGGUACCUUUUAAACAGACUUAAACUGUGAAGCUGAAGUCAUGUUGCCUCAUACCUACCACUGUAAAAAAAAAAUCCUGAUUUUAAUGUGGCAAGAUAAAUAUGAAAAUAGCAUGAAAUGAGUUAUAUUCCCAACUCGCAAGAGGAGACCAGAACUCAGCCCAGGAAUCUCCCAGGGACUUCUGCUUCCCACGUGGGAAAGCAGGCCCGUUUUCCUGGUUACUCCUGUGGGCAGUCCUGCAGACUUCUGAGUCCCCACAGUGACCUCUGAGCCCACGUGUGUUCAGUCCCGUGUGGGGAAGAAGCAGGUAAAAUCAGAGGGUUGGACAAAAAGAAUCAGAUGUUUACGUAUGCCUUCUCACAUUCCCACAUUAAAAGUCUCCAGGUGAGGGCCCCCUUUUGCCAUAUUUUCCUCACCUGUUGGCAAAUCGUAACAACUUACAGGUUGCUAAAACAGUAGUGAUGACUUUUGAGAAAAGACACACUGUUAGGAUCAAAUUUAUGAAUUAUUUAACUUAGUGUCUCUGUUGAAUAAGUUAUCUACUGGUCAAAUCUUGUAGCCUCUUAAUAAAGCUUAAGUCUCAUACCUGGAAAUAACUUCCCAAGUAAAGUGAUACUAAUUUCCUAAUCUCUGUAAUUUCUGGGGAACAGUGGUAUUGCAUAAUAGCACAUUUAAAAAUACACAAUGUUAAAAACCUGUUCUUCUUUACCCUUGGAUGAUAAAGAGAGGACAAUGCCCCAAAUUUCUAGGUAAUCUCAUGUAUGUAUAUAUAUUUCCCACCCAUAAAACACAGUAUUGCUUGGGAAAAUAUUUCACACCCUCUUAAAAGUGUAUAAUUUAAAAAGGUGAUUAUGCUUGUAACAGAAGGUACUUCAGUAAUUCAAGAGGUUUCUUCAUUUAUCCAUUCUGUCUCAACUCUUUCUAGCAUUAGUGCACAUAGUAGUUGUUUCUCAUUAAAUUGUAUUCAAGGUAGAAAUGAUCAUAUGAAAAAGAUAUAUGAGUGAGCUACUACUGUCACAUGUUGUAAUGACUAGUGUUAUCUAAUAGAAACUUUCAUAUAUACAACAGAAAAUAAUUAUUACAUUUUACAUGAAAACUAAGUGACCCAUUUAGUGUUUAGAAAACCCUGUAGUUUAUUGGUUCAUCAACUAUAUAUUGUGCACUUGUAUGUGCCAGGUACAGUGAUAGGUACUGUGCAAUGCAAUGUAAACGAGAGACAACCUCGGCCCUCUGGUGCUGAGAGUCUUAGAAUAAAUCUGCUUGUGUAGACAUCUUCAUGUUUCAGAACUUGUAUAACGAAACGAAAUACGUGAUCUUUCUUUAGCUCGAAAAAUAUGUAAUUGACUUCUUAAUUAUCUGUAUCUUGAAAUUUAUUUCCCUUCUCUUCUGAGCAAUCAGGUAACGGGUGAAAACUUCCUUGGAUAAAUGCUACUUUUCUUCUGGAUUGUCCUAAAGUUGUUUUUCUUCCUCCCCUUGCUUCUAUUUUCCAAUAAUUCUCCAUCUCCCCCUUUCUUGGAAAAGGCAUUAAUAUGGUGAGUCUUCCUCAUGCGAGUAUUGUUCCAGGAGAGAGCAGCAAGGACACAUGGUUUCUGCUGCAGAGAUCUAACGCAGAUUUCUUGAUCAAAAUUAUUCUCUGGUAAUCUUCCAACUUUACAGAAUUAAUCAGAACUGAUAGUUUAUAAAUGACAUUUAAAAAAUAGGGUUUUCAUCGAGCUUUGCGAAACCAGGAGAAAAUAUGCCAGUAGACGUGAAUGAUUUCUUUGAAAAAUAAAUGAUUAAAAUGGUACAUAUGCAUCAUCAUCAGUCAUGUGUCACCAAAAGUCUUUAUUAUUAGGAUAUGUAUGAAAUUCAGAGAUUUUGGAAUUGAUGAGAGGUUAACCCUUCGGUCAUUGUAACAUAGUCACAUUUUAAUUAGCCUUUUUUUUUUUUAACUUUUGCUGGUAAGAGUUGUCAAAGUUGUAGUGCAGUGUUUAUUCCCAUUCAUUCCUUGAUGUAGACAAUCCAAAAAAAAAAAAAAAAGUAAUGGCAUUAUUUUGUAGGAUAACUAGCAAAAUGGACAUGCUGAGCCAUUCAGUACAUCAGCGAUGCCAAACAUGUUCAAGGUCGCCAUGGACAAGGGUUGUGCAAUAGAGAAUAAUAACGUUUUGGCUGCUCUCAAGGCCCAGGACAUUUAUCCUGUUGUGCAAGCCUGUGUUUUACUUUUUCUUCUUAAAAAAUUGAGAUGUGAAAGUUUUAGUUAGAUGAUAUUUUAGUAUCUGCCAGUGCUUUGGAACUAUAAAGAUGUCAUUGUUGUACACGUUCACUUUAGGGUUUCUGUGUGUUGACACUUAGUAUAAAUCAGGAAAAGCUGGGCUACAACCUAGCACUUAGAAUCCCCCUUUCUUUGUCUUCUAAGGAACUAAAUAUCCCAUAACAACACAAGCAUUUUAUCAGUAUCACUUGCCUGACUUUCAGCACCUGCUUAACUUUAAUGUGUCCUGAAUAUUUGCUGUGUAUAUUCAGUAAAUAAAGCAAAAUACAACAUGCAUUCCAAAUUUUGUCUUUCUGUGUUAUAAUUUAACAGCUGAAUUGUAUGACAAGAUUAGGUGAUCUGGCAAAUGUUAAGCCUAAGUUCAAAUUAAUGUAAAACAAAACAAAAAACAAAGAAACUACUUCUAUUUAAGUAAUGCCUUUGAUGAUAAUACCUAGGCUUCUACUAUCUAUCAAAUGCACAGUUAUCUGGUUGUUUAUAAUAAAG